AUGGUUAAAAUGGAAAACCAGCACUUACCAUCGCUCUUAGAACACACGCUUCAACAGCAUCCACGAUCCGCAAGCAGCACAGUCAAGUCACACAAACAGAUUUACUAUUCAGACAAAUACAAUGAACGAGGAGUUAGAAUCAGGCAAUUCAUGUUGCCCAAGGACAUCGCCAAACUGAUCCCUAAAACCCAUUUGAUGUCUGAACCUGAAUGGAGGAAUCCUGGUAUUCAGCAGAGUCAGGGAUGAGUCCAUUACAUAAAGCAUGAACCAGAACUUCACACUUUGCCAUUUUGGUGUCCACUGCCCAGGAAGCCAAAGAAAUUAAGUUGUGCCUGGGAUUUACAUGAAGCUGUUAUGUAUUCUAGUAGUUCACAACCAGCAGUACAUUCUAGAACCACCACUGUCUCCUAUCAACUCCAAGUUCCAUUCUUAAAGGAAAAGCCUACAGGAUUCAUGGCUACAGCACUGGAACAUGAG